AUGUUUUCGAAAUCAUUAAUUCGACAAUUUGCUUUAACGAUUCAUCGACGACAACUUCAUGAUAAAGCACAUCCACGAAUAUUAAUAACAGGUGGAUGUGGACAAUUAGGAGUACCAUUAGCUAAACGAUUACGACAAUUAUAUGGUACUGAAAAUGUUGUUCUAUCCGAUAUUGUUCGUCCUUCAGAUGAGUUACUUCGACAAGGAACAUAUCGAUAUGCUGAUGUUAUGGAUAUUAAACAAAUACAAGAACUCUUAGUUAAUAAUCAAAUUGAUUGGCUUAUUCAUCUCAGUGCUUUAUUGAGUGCUGUUGGUGAAAGAGAUGUUCCAUUAGCAAUGAAAUUAAAUAUUGAGGGUACUCAUAAUAUUCUUGAAUUAGCACGAAAAUAUAAAUGUAGAUUAUUUAUUCCAAGUACCAUUGGUGCAUUCGGACCUGAAUCUCCACGAAAUCCAACACCCGAUUUUUGUAUUCAACGUCCUCGAACAAUUUAUGGUGUUUCGAAAGUACAUGCAGAAUUAUUAGGCGAAUAUUUUUUUCAUCGAUAUGGUGUCGAUUUUCGAUGUUUACGUUUUCCAGGUAUUAUAUCAGCUGAUACAAAACCCGGUGGUGGUACAACAGAUUAUGCUAUUGAAAUAUUUCAUGAAGCUUUAAAAGCUGGUUCAUAUAAAUGUUAUUUACGUGGUAAUACACGUUUACCAAUGAUGUGGAUUGAUGAUUGUAUUCAAUCCAUUGUUGAUAUAAUGGAAGCACCAGAUAGUAAAUUAAAACAACGAACAUAUAAUGUUUCUGCAAUGAGUUUUACACCAGAUGAAUUAACAAAAGCUAUACAAAAAUAUAAACCGAAUUUUAAAAUUUCAUAUCAACCUGAUGAUCGUCAAAAAAUUGCUGAUUCAUGGCCAGAAGUUUUUGAUGAUCAUAAUGCUCGUGAACAUUGGAAAUGGAAUCCCAAAGUUGAUCUUGAUGGACUUGUUCAACGAAUGUUUGAAUAUUUAGAAAAACAUAAAAACUUUUGA